GUAGUCGCGAGCUGUUAGCCACACAGCUAAAGUCUUACCAAGAAGAAAAACGUUGUACCAUGGAACAGCGGCACUGAGAAACAAAAAUCUCAGUUGUUGAUCUACAAAUUGAGCCAUGAAUAGGCCGAAGGCGACUAGCAUCAGGCGCCCUAGUGGUGCCAAAACAUCAGGCCACCCUCCUCCAGGUGACUUCAUUGCUUUGGGGGCCAAAAGCCAGGCCAGUGAGACGAAAACAAGUCCAGCUUUGCUAAAACCAGCAACUUCGGGUUUACCUGUAGAUCGCAAGAGGGAGAACACUUCAGCUUUACCUUCUUCUUCAGGCCUUACCAGCCUGGCUAAGAGGCCUAAACACUCCUCCACUCCACCGAGUGCCCUCUCACGUCUGGCUGAAGUGGCGGCUGUUGACAAACGGGCAAUAUCGCCUUCUAUUAAAGAGCCAUCUGUCAUUCCUAUUGAAGUUCCUCCAGCUGUGCUUCUGGAUGAGAUUGAGGGAGCAGAGGCAGAUGGCAAUGAUGACCGCAUUGAGGGGCUGCUGUGUGGAGCAGUCAAACAGUUGAAGUUGAACCGGGCCAAGCCUGACAUUACACUCUACUUAACCCUAAUGUACCUGGCCAAGAUUAAACCUAAUAUAUUUGCUACUGAAGGAGUCAUAGAGGCUUUGUGCAGUCUUCUUCGCCGUGAUGCUUCAAUUAACUUUAAGGCUAAGGGAAACAGUCUGGUGUCAGUUUUAGCCUGUAGCUUACUGAUGGCAGCCUACGAAGAGGACGAAAACUGGCCUGAGAUCUUUGUUAAAGUGUACAUCGAGGACUCUCUAGGCGAGCGGAUCUGGGUGGAUAGCUCCCAGUGUAAAACGUUUGUAGACAACAUUCAGUCUGCUUUUAAUACCAAGAUGCCCCCGAAGAGCAUGCUGCUUCAGACUGAAACGGUCCGCUCCGGAGGAGAGCUAAGUGCUGGGAACAGCCCCCAUCCUUCUACUCCAGAUGAGGAUGACAAUCAAACUGAGCUUCUGAUUGCAGAGGAGAAACUGAGUCCAGAGGAUGAAGGUCAAGUUAUGACUAGAUACGACGAGCUGGUGGAGAGCGUGGAAGACUACGUGCUGGAUGUGUUGAAGGACCAGCUGAACCGCCGGCAACCAAUGGACAACGUGUCCCGGAACCUGCUGCGUCUUCUUACGGCUACCUGCGGGUACAAGGAGGUUCGACUCAUGGCUGUGCAAAGGCUGGAGAUGUGGCUGCAGAAUCCAAAGCUGACCCGACCAGCACAGGACCUUCUCAUGUCUCUGUGCAUGAACUGCAGAACUCAUGGUGCUGAUGACAUGGACGUCAUCUCCAACCUCAUCAAGAUUCGGCUCAAGCCCAAAGUCCUUCUUAAUCAUUACAUGCUGUGUGUCAGGGAGCUCCUGAAUGCACACAGAGACAACUUGGGCACCAUGAUUAAACUUGUGAUCUUUAAUGAGUUGUCUAAUGCCAGAAAUCCUAACAACAUGCAAGUGCUUCAUACAGUCCUGCAGCACAGCCCAGAGUCUGCCCCUAAGUUCCUGGCCAUGGUGUUCCAGGACCUGCUUACCAACAAAGAUGAUUACCUGCGUGCAUCACGUGCCCUGCUUAGAGAGAUCAUCAAGCAGACCAAGCAUGAGAUCAACUUCCAGUCUUUCUGCUUGGGGCUCAUGCAGGAGAGGAAGGAGGCCUCCUAUACUGACAUGGAGUUUAAAGAGCGGUUUGUCAUUCAGGUGACGGAUCUGCUAACAGUGUCCAUGAUGCUGGGCAUCACAGUGCAGGUCAAAGAAGCUGGCAUUGUGUGGGACAAGGGAGAAAAGAAGAAUUUGGAGGUGCUCAGAUCUUUUCAGAAUCAGAUUGCUGCCAUCCAGCGAGAUGCUGUGUGGUGGCUUCACACUGUGGUUCCUUCAAUAAGCAAACUUGGAGCUAAAGACUAUAUCCACUGCCUCCACAAAGUACUGUUCACAGAGCAGCCUGAGACAUAUUACAAGUGGGACAACUGGCCUCCUGAAAGUGACAGAAAUUUCUUCCUUCGGCUGUGUUCAGAGGUUCCUUUACUGGAAGACUUGUUGAUGCGUAUCUUGGUGAUUGGCCUAUCUCGCGACCUGCCCUUGGGCCCCGCCGACGCCAUGGAGCUAGCUGAUCACUUAGUAAAGAGAGCUGCUGGAGUGCAGUCAGACGAUUUGGACGUGUUGCGUGUGGAGAGGAUUCAGCUCAUUGAUGCUGUACUAAACUUGUGUACAUACCAUCACCCAGAAAACAUCCAACUGCCUGCUGGAUAUCAGGUUCCAAAUCUGGCCAUAUCCACACUCUACUGGAAAGCCUGGCUCCUGUUGCUUGUGGUGGCUGCCUUUAACGCCCAGAAAAUUGGUCUGGCAGCCUGGGAUGGUUAUCCCACUCUGAAAAUGCUAAUGGAGAUGGUCAUGACGAACAACUACUCCUACCCACCAUGCACUGUGGCUGACGAGGAGACCAAGACAGAGAUGAUCAGCCGUGAGCUGCAGGUUUCACAAAAGGAGAGACAGGAAAUCCUGGCCUUUGAGAGCCACCUAGCUGCUGCCUCUACCAAGCAGACCAUCACAGAGAGCAACAGUCUGCUACUGUCCCAGCUCACCAGUCUGGAGCCAAAGGGCCCACCACGCAGACCACCACCUCACAUUCAAGAGCAGCUAAAGACUCUGAACCAGUCACUGCGCCUGGGCCACCUGCUGUGCCGCAGCCGCAACCCAGACUUCCUACUCAAUAUUAUCCAGAGACAGGCUUCCUCACAGUCCAUGCCAUGGCUGGCUGACCUGGUGCAGUCCAGUGAAGGGUCUUUGGAUGUCCUGCCUGUUCAGUGUCUAUGUGAAUUCCUCCUCCACGAUGCAGCUGAAGACACUGCGUCUGCCGAUGAUGAUGAGGAAGGAGAGAGCAAAGAGCAGAGAGUAAAAAAAAGACAGAGACAGCAGAAACAGAGGCAGCUUCUGAGUCGGCUGCAAGACUUGCUUUUGGGGCCUAAGGCAGAUGAGCAUACUACCUGUGAGGUGCUGGACUACUUCUUGCGGCGACUCGGUUCCUCCCAGUUGGCAUCCAGGGUUCUUGCUAUGAAGGGUCUGUCCCUGGUUCUCUCAGAGGCAGGAAUAAAGGACGCUGAAGAGAGAGACCACGCAAUGGAGGAGGACUCCAGGGACGCAGAGAUGCUGCCAGCAUACCAGUGGCUCCUACAGGAUUUACCGAAACUCCCGCUGUUUGAGAGUGUGAGGUCCAUGACAGCCAGCGCCCUGCAGCAGGCAAUUCACAUGGAGACUGACCCACAGACCGUCAGCGCCUAUCUGAUCUACCUUUCUCAGCAUGCACCAGUGGAGGAACAGAGCCUGCACAAUGAUCUGGCACUGGACGUGGCUCGUCUGAUUGUGGAGCGCUCCACCAUUAUGAACAGUCUUUUCUCAAAGCACGCAUUCAGGCCGGAGUCAGAUGCCAUGCUCGUUGCCCUCAUUUCCAUCUUCUCCACUUACAUUCGCCGCAUGAGAAAGACCAAGGAUGGAGAGGACCUUUACAGCUGGUCAGAGUCUCAAGACCAGGUGUUUUUGCGCUGGACAACUGGAGAAACGGCUACCAUGCACAUUUUGGUGGUUCAUGCUAUGGUCAUACUGCUCACGCUGGGACCACCCAAAGGAGAAAGUGACUUCUUCUCUCUGCUUGAAAUCUGGUUCCCUGAUAAAAAGCCUCUCCCCACUGCUUUCCUGGUGGACACAUCAGAGGAGGCUCUUCUUUUGCCUGACUGGCUAAAACUGAGGAUGAUCCGCUCAGAAGUCUCCCGGUUGGUUGAUGCAGCACUGCAGGAUUUGGAGCCACAGCAGCUGCUGCUCUUUGUGCAGUCCUUUGGAAUUCCUGUAUCCAGCAUGAGCAAACUAUUGCAGUACUUGGAUCAGGCUGUCUCUCAUGAUACUCAGGCACUGGAGCAAAACAUCAUGGACAAGAACUACAUGGCCCAACUGGUAGAAGUGCAGCAUGAAAGAGGAGCCACUGGUGGCCACACCUUCCACAACCUGCUCAGUGCUUCACUUCCCCCGCGCCGAGACAGUUCAGAAGGGAGCAGGGUGAAAAUGGCAGUCGAGCCUCCGCACAGCUCUGUGAAGAUGAGAGCACUGAGUCAGGUGCCGACCAUCAGUGCUGAAGAUGACCUCACCAGUGUCCUGCUGCAGCUGUUUCCUCUGAAAGUGGACCCCCGCCGGCCCGCACCACCGUCACGCCCUCUGUCUUUGGCCCUGCAGCAAGCUCUGGCUCAGGAAGUGCUGAAAGCACGGCAGGACAAGAGUCAGCAGGGUGGCACUGCUGCGCGUCUCCUGAAGGCACUAGCAGCCCUGCUUGGAUCUAAUCAUUCCGGUCCUCUGGUCAUGGCCAUGCAUCACAACCACGCCAUCUCGUGCCCCCUGCUGCGCCAGCUGCACCUCUACCAGCGGCUGACACCUCAGGACGCGGCGUUCAGCUCACUUUUCUUCAAGGUGCUCAUGCAGAUGUUGACGUGGCUGGAGAGCUCUGCACUGGAGCCGGGCCCCAUUAAGAACUUGCUGAAGUCUUUGGUCGCACAGUACUCUCACAAGCACCAGAUCACUGAUGUUCGUACAGGUUUCCUUCACCUGGUGGAGGCGCUUGCCUAUAGACGGGACUCGGAAGUGGCCGUUAGGGGAAUCAUCGCUUCGCUGAAAGCUGGAGAGAAGUGCAAUGCAGAGCCAGAACUCAUCAUGAAAGCCCUACAGGGGUUGAUAGAGGUGAAAUCUCCCUACCUGGAGGAGCUGCUCUCUCUACUAAUGACUGUCGGCAUGGAGACGGAAGCUCCCAGCAGCACAGCUGGCCCUGUUGCCAUGGUGAUCUCACUGUUGCUACAGGAAACUGAGGAAAGAGGGGUGAAGGUGGAGGCCGAAUCAAAAAUUUCUGAGGGAAAGAGAACCAGCCCUAGCUCAGGGCUGUUGAUCGACUGGCUCGGGCUGCUCGACCCUGAAGUGAUCUCCAUAUGCUCGGACCUUCAGCAUAAACUGCUCUUCUCACUGAACAAGACUAAAGCGUCGGAUGUGUGUGCAGCCCCUUCCUACAGGCCAUACCUGCUGGCCCUGCUCACUCACCAGUCUAACUGGAGCACUUUGCACCAGUGUAUCACCACACUUCUGAACAGACCCAGAGAGCACAGAGUGGACCCCUCCUCAGCUUUGGAUUUUCUAUGGGCCUGCAGUCAUAUCCCUCGCAUCUGGCAGGGUAGAGACCAGAAAACUCCACAGAAGCGCACAGAGAAGUUUGUGUUGAAGCUUACCAGCGAUGAGCUGAUCAGUUUGGUGGAGUUGAUCCUGUUGGAGUCUGAGCUAAGCUGGCGAGAUACAGGCGAAGCUGAUGGCACUUUGGACCAGGCAUCCUGUUCUCUCAUCCAGUCUCGUCUGCCCCUGCUACACAGCUGCUGCCACAGUGACCCUGCCAGUGUCCAAACUGUCUGCGAGUACCUCGUCAACUGUAUUAAGAAGUGGGGGGACAGUGUGAUGAGCAAAAGGUGUGAGAACCUCCUGCUGCAGAUAUACCUCCAGUUUCCCGAAGUCAUUCAGCAUGUGCGUCUGCCCGGUGCUACUCUGAGUGGAGAGGCAGCUGCUGACGGGAGCACCUGCAAGUGGGAUGUUCUGGUGCAUCGUCUAAUCACACUUAUGGCUGACACUGGAGAGUCCAAAUCUACAGAGAACCGGGUGUCAGACGCUACCCUGGCCUGCAGAAAACUGGCCGUCUCCCACCCUGUGCUCCUGCUUAGACACCUGGCCAUGAUUGCAGCUCUGAUGCAUGGUCGAAGUAAUCUAAAUUUUCAGGAAUUUCGAAAGCAGCACCAUCUGACUUUCUUCAGUGAUGUGCUGGCCAUUCUGGAGCUGCUGCAGCCACGAGUUUUUCACUCCAGCCACCAGAGGGCGCUGCAAGACUGCUUGCUUUCUUUUAUUAAAGUCUUACAGAACUUCAGGCGGUUAUCCCGUAUGCCAAUCAUUAACAAAUUUGUGCAGUUUAUUCAGAAAUACAUUACCCACGAUGCAUCAGCUGCUGUGCCAUUUCUUCAGCAGCACUCUGACAUUCUGCAGGGGCUCGCCGCAGAGAACCCAGACCUGGUGCAGCUAAAGUCUCUGCUAGCUGGUCUCACUCUGCCAAUGAAGACCGGCUCGUCCGAGAUGGCUGCAGAGGACAAAGAUGGUGAAGACUCCUCAUCUGGCUCUUUGCCCUUGGUCAACAUUUCAGCCUCCACAGCACUCAGCUCAGCAGACAUGACCAAGUACCUGAAGAAGAUCUCUAAAGGGGAGGCCAUUGAAGAUGUGUUGGAGGUGUUGACACAGGUGGAUGAGAAGUCGAAAAGGAACCCUGAAAUAAUCCAGUAUUUUGUUAAUGAUCUGCAGCGGUUGAUGAGCUCACCUGAGGAGCUGUGUCGCAACAUGGCCUUUAGCCUUGCACUGCGCUGCAUGCAGAACACCCCCAGCCUGGCAUCAGACUUCCUUCCCACCUUCAUGUACUGCAUGGGCAGUGGGAACUUUGACGUCAUCCAAACAGCCCUGAGGAAUCUUCCAGAAUAUGUGCUUCUUUGUCAAGAACACGCAGGCAUCCUGCUCCAUAAGGCUUUCCUAGUGGGCAUCUACGGUCAGAUUGACACUAGCUCAACGAUUUCAGAGUCUCUAAAGGUCCUGCACAUGGAGGUUACAACAUAGACCUUCAAAAAGCAAUUUAGACCAAAAGUCAUAGAAUAUUAGGUCCUAGCUGCUUCAAAUGCAAAUCUUCAACAUCAAGGUCAUGUGCGCUAUUGAUUUCUUUGUCAUUCAUGACUUCAGUCAAAAGUAGAAUGCAUUGAGGUAUUCAUACAGAAAAGAAAGCUAGAAGCUAAAGUAAUAUGAAUUGUUGAACAAUAUAGGGCUUUUUGUGUUACUGGAAGUAAACAUUUAUGUGGAAUACAUUGCAUAAUAAAUACAAAAAAAAAAGGUUUUUAAAGUUUUGAAUGAAAUUGUGAUGCUUGUUUGAAGAUUUGGCAACUUUGUCAGCAUUUUAAAUGUUAUUACAGUUUGUUAGUAACAUUAAAAUUGCAUCUUGUAUGAA